AUCUCCAUCUGCAAUCUACUUUUCCCACUGGGGACUUAGUUUCCGUAUCCCCAAUUUUGAAUGGCCACCACUUCGCCUCCAAAAUAGGAGAUUGGAGAGUUGCCCGAAGCCCGUCACGGGGGAUACGAACGGACUAGGCUUCGCCGUCAGUGCUCAGUGAUGUUCGGAAAAGGGUUCGUCUGGUACUCCAGACCUGAGAGCGACGCUCGACUCCGGCGUUAAUGACCUCGUCCGGCGAGUUGACCUAGUCGCCCUGACCCACGCCAUCGACCGCCGUUAAAAACCCGCGGGUCGCAGGGACACCCUCGCUGUUGAUUGCCGUCAACUUCCAAGGUAGCUGCAACAGUCGGAUUGCUGUUGGGCGUUGGCGACGGGAGGAAGAGCUUUGUUCGUGUCAGAUCUGGAGCUCUUGGGACUGAUUGGGUUUGGACCUGGAUAGCAUCGGCUGGUUGAGCUCCCCUGGUUUGGAUCUGGGAACAACAUUUAGGAGCGGAGAAGAACACUGUGCUCCGGCAUCAAUGACAUCAUCCGGCAAACCUAGAGCGUCGCUGCACCUGAUGCGGUCGCUGGUCCAAGAUAUCCAUCAGGAGGAAAAAAAGAAAGGAAGAAAAGAAGAAAGGAUUGAGGAUGAGGAAUUCAGAAACAGAAGAGAUAAAGGAGGGAAGGUGCUGAGGAAGAUGAUGAGGAGUCAGAAGAAGAUGAUGUAUUUUAUUCAUGAAGUUCAUAUGACAUUAUUGUUUGUGAAACAGGCAAGCUCAGCGCCAGCUGCUUCUGGCAUUCUACUUGCAACGGCGAUACAUUCUGAAAUGCCGGCGGCGGAGAUCGUCGGGGGGCGGCAGAGCCACCGUGUGAGGCAAUACGUGAGGUCAAGAGUGCCUCGUCUCCGGUGGACUCCCCACCUCCACGCCUCCUUCCUUCACGCCAUCCACGCCCUCGGCGGCCCCCACAAGGCAACCCCGAAGAGAGUGCUGCAGAUGAUGAACGUUCCAGACCUCACCAUCUCCCAUGUCAAAAGUCAUCUCCAGAUGUACCGGUGCAUGACCCCCGCCGCCGCCGCCAUUGGUUUCGCUCCCGGCCACCACCACCGCCGCCAUCACGCCCUUUGGCGGUCAUCUGUCAGCGUCGAAGAAGACGCCGGCGGCGGGGAGUGGGUUGAAGCCGGAAAGUGGGCACCGGAAAAGAGCGUACUCCGGCGGCGGGGAGAGGAGGGAGGAGCGUUUGAUUUGUCCGAAUCACGGCGGCAUCACAGAGCUCAUCAGAGUAGUGCAGCCCACUAUUAGUAUUCCCUCGCCACCGUCGUCGUCGUCGUCGUCUUCUUUUUCUCGCCUAACUGCUCCAGAGGUUGACUUUUUCAAGGAAGAAGGGGAAAAAUGGAAAAAGUACAAAGUGGAAGAGGAUGGGAAGGAGGAGGGAGUGGAAGAAGUGUGGG